AUGCCUCUGAACAAAAUUACCUCAACUGUGGGUCUUAACAGUAAGUUCCGUUGUUUUCUUAUGACUCUUUAGUCGGCCAGGUAUUUGUUGAAGGAAUUGUGAUUAAAUUUUGGGACCUUGGUGGCCAGACUGAAUUGCAAUCCUUGUGGGACAAGUACUAUCUAGAAUCUCAUGGAAUAAUCUUUGUCGUUGACUCUUCCGAACCCGACAGAUUUGACGAAGCGAAAGCUGCCUUCGGUUCGUUACGCAAUCGUGUUCAUUCCAUUUUCAGACACAAUGAUCCAAAAUAAGGCACUUGAAGGCCUGCCGCUUCUUAUACUGGCCAACAAGCAAGACCUGGAUGUAAGACCUUCUUUCCUUUGGUUUUAUAAACUCUGCUCUGUUCUUAGCUACGAUUGCUAACAUCCGUUAACAAAUUUCAUGCGUGUAGGCCAGACAGACUAAACUUGAGUAUUCCACCGUUGACUAACGACAGAGGGCUUUGUCGUGCCAGUGUUAGUGAAAACCUGUGAACUAUGUUUGAGAAAGCUCAUGUUGACCUUAAGGACAGUGCGGCCGCAUGGGAAGUCCCCUCGUCAUCUGCCAUAAGACUAGCGUCUCUAAUGUUCAUAUAAAUGUUGGGAAUUUUUAUUCAUAGGGUGCUUUCCCUGUCUCCGAGGUAAAACAGGUCUUCCAAGAAAGUGCUCACUUAAUUGGCCAACGGGACUGUUCCAUGCGAGGAGCAUCGGCUCUCCUGGGGUAAGUGUUGGCCCCUCUUAACUUAUGCAGCAGUACGUCAGUUUCCACAUGUUCGCGACUUUUACUAGUACAUUUUUAUCCGUCAUGCCAUAAGAGACCACGGUAUCGUCCUGAUCUGCCAACCGCAUCAGAUGUUUACCAUUUCAGAAAUGCCUUAUGGUCUAGUCGAAGGCAAUGGACCCAAUCCGCAGCGAUAACGAAAGGACGUGGUUCAUCCCGGAGACAUGCAUCGAUAUCGUGACCAGUAGAUCAUUUGGCUUGUGGGUAUGACACGGGGGUAAACGUUCGUAGGCUUAGCGCAUACAGAAUGCCAGUGGCGUCUGGGGCCGAACAGAUAAUUCAAGGAGUUAACGAUUAAGUACUUCUUGCGUACUUUGUAAUGCAUAUCUGGAUGCACUGUUGCCCGCUCUCAUAGGCUAGACAAAUGGAGGCAGGUACGUAACCUUCGUUAUGACAGAUUUAGUGGCUGUUGGCCUAUGCAGCGUACUGAGAACGUGCGCACAAGCCCUGGCUUCCAUUACGUCUAAUCAAUAGCGGGCAUGGGUUUUACGAAGUUUCUGUCGAGUUGCCGAAUUACAUGCACAACACGCUAGCAACAAAUAUGUUCAUUAGCAGUAGUGGAAUCACUAACUCCCCUGUCUCUUUGCGGGACCUUAAUUACUUUAUAUACCCUGCCAGUAAUGUGUAAUAACACUUCUCCAGCGUCUCUUCAUGGUCGUCUUGUUAUUUUAGCGAUGGUGUGGACGACGGGAUCCGGUGGAUGGCACAGAAAGUCAGGAAAAACAGCUGUAUGCGACCCCCCAACACUGAUGACCAGGGAUUUUGA